AUGACGGCUUAUGCAGUUGUUGAAGCUUUGGAUCAUGUCAGUGGAAUGGUGGCUAUGCAGACAAAACCAAACGGAGAUUAUACACUCGUCUUUAGUUCACUCUUCUAUUAUGGCGACAACUCCACGGCCACUGAUGAUGACUACUAUGCAUUUGCAAAGACAUGGAUCACCUGCCACGCUACGGCACCGGAGGAUGGCGUACGUACAUGCAACUCGACAGGCGAGGUGCUUACGGGCAAGACAACGACAAAGACAGGGACCCGGGUGGAACCCACCACAGAGGUCUGGACAACGACUACGAGGACCUAUGCGACCCAGACUUCACUGAUCUCGAACUCUGUUCUCAUAACGAUGAGUGACCACAUGAGGCCCGCGUCCUUCGAGCGCCUGCUCACACGACGAACUUCCUCGACAGAUGAGAGCACAAUAACUGCGGCACCAAGUACAGGCUGA